AUGGACAAGGUUCCCGACGAGAACAGUCCUCAGGUCCUGCAUCGUAAAACGUUCCUGAGAGCAUAUCUCAACAAGAUCUGCUCCGACCCUAGUCAGAUGGAAUUCUGGGAAUAUCUGGACAAGGUUGGAAUGAUGCACGUCGGUCUUGGCCGGGAACAUCCCCUUCACGUCGAGUACAUCCACAUAGGCGCAGCAUUGUCAGUCAUACAGGACAUCUUAACGGAAGCUAUUCUGUCCCACCCUCGACUUCAUAUCUCAAGAAAGAUUGCCAUUAUCAAAGCAUUAGGAAAGGUCAUCUGGAUACAGAAUGACCUCUUCGCCAAAUGGUAUGUUCGCGAUGGGGAAGAGUAUGGUGAAAAGACCGAGAACGUUGUCAUUGAGAAGGAGGGAUACCUCCAUGGCAAGAAAAUAUUGGAUGAUGAUGAUGAGGAUGUAGGCGAGUCCCCUGGCGUCUGUCCUUUCAGUAGUAUGGCAAAGGGCGUCCAAGGUCUCCACGUGGAAGAUACUAAGAUAGAGCAUACAUCUGAAACCGUGGUUUAG